UUUUGUUAAGAUAACAUUUGUGAUUUAAACAAACCAUGUCCGGAAAAACAAUACGAAAACACGUAUUGUAUGAAUCUUCAUUAUCCGGAACCCCAGAGAAUAAUGUCGAACGGGAACGUGCGGUUCGGAAAAAUUUCAACAAAAACGUACACUACUCUACAUCGGGUUUGAAGAAAGAACCAAACGUUUACAAUGAAUUAAGUACUAAAGAGCACAAAAAUAUUAUCUCUGCUACAAUAUCACCACCACAAAAUCCCAAUGAAUUAACAAAGAAAAAAGAAUACGGGAAUAUUAAAAACAAUAGAAAUCGUGCACGACAGGACCUGGAAAUAAUGAAAAUAUUUACAUCGCCGGAAUGGUCGAGAAAAACAUUUCAAAAAACCACCAACUCUAUAGUAAACUCAAUAAUUAUUAACGACACUAGUAAUCCGUUAGUUCAUACGAAGUCGGAAAACGCAUGGAGCAAGACUUAUAAUGAAGCAGAAUCGAUGGAAGAUCCUAUACAAGAAAUCACCGACCAAGAGACCGAAGAAACCGAUGACGCCGGGGAACAAAAAAUCGUCCUCAUCCCCGAAGAAUCGUUUCACAGUGUCCGACAAUUUCCAGAAGCAGAAGAGAAAGUAUUAGAAAACAAUCUACGGGAAAGCAUAACUGAAAGCAUAGUAGAGAACCGAAAUAGUAUCGAAUCGUUCGAGGUAUCCAGUUUCAAUAGUAAAGUCGCUGAGCACGAAUACGACGUGUCUUUCGAAGCACCGGAAGACAAUAUUAUUAUGGAAAGCGAUUCUGGACCUCUGCCAUCGUAUAUCACCCCUGAUGUCGAAAUGCCAGAAAAAACAUUAAAAGAAAUAGUUGAUGAGAGCUGCUAUGGUUCCAAUGAAGUUGAGGAAAAUGAAAAUCAAGUCGAGGACCAGUGCUAUAUUUUUGAAGAAUGUUGCGAAGAACAAGAAUGUAGAAGCAGUGAAGAGACUUCGCCGGAGCAUGACUCCACGGUGUCCACUCCCCACUUGUCGUCCGACGAAAUACUUGAAGACGAGGCUCUGAUGCAGUUUUUUAACUUCGAUAAUUUUAGUGACAGCUACGGUUCUGAAAUAGUUGAUCCGUCGCCCACGGGGUCAUUAAACACUGAUGUCAUGACUCGAAUAAUUCGUCAAAACAAAUCACUUUUGAAUUAUCUAGGUAACUACAUGACUGAAAAGCAAAUGAGUAAUGAGUCGGCAUUCACAGAAGCCAUGAAUCUGAUAUUCGAAGAAACCAAAGAAUCGCUGGGAACACUUUUGGUCGAGGGCUUGUACAUCGUGUCAAAGAGACACCGUCAGGACCCGUUUAGAUUCUUAGGUAAGUGGUUGUUGAUUCAAGCUGAUAUCAGAGACGAGAACCACGCCAAAGAAGAGUCCAUGUCGAGUUUUAGUAUGGAACAGUUAACACAAAACUUUUGAGACCGCUAACAAAGUUCUAUUAUAAUUAUACACAGUAACGUCAGUUAUGAGACACAGACUGUCAUAAUAUUUUAAUUAAAUAAAUAAAUACAGCAUGUACCAGUUGUAGUUCCUACUACAAUGUUGUAUAGUCUAGCAAUUUAAACUUUUUGAAAAAUGGCUCACAUUUUAAUUUAAAAGCACAAACCGAAUACGAGAUACAAGAUUUUAA